CUACUCGUUGGAAAAAUCAACUACUGAAAUUUACCGGUGACAUCCUGAAUAAAUCCACAUUGUGGAUGCCAUAAGGGCGUCACCCCCCUGCCUGAGCACCUGAGCUGAGCCCCCAGCCAGGUCCCAGGACAAUGGGAAACACAGUUAGCUGCUGCUUCCGUGCCAAUCCUGGCGACCGCCAGGAGGAGCAGCGGCUGCAAGAUGAGGGCAUCAAGCGAAAAGUGGCACCAGGUAAGGCAGCAGAUUCUGUGGGAAACAGCAUUCUCCCACAUCAAAAAGAGGUAGCUGCAGGACUGGUGUCAGAGGGUUUGGCAGAUACCGCCAAGAGUGUGGCCUCUGAAUAUGCUGAUGAGGUGACUGGACUCAGAGAGCCUCCUGCAUCAGCAGUUGUCACCAAUCUGCACGUGAAUGCACCUGCUGCUGUGGACAACAGCAUACAAGAGGUGGCUGCAGGGCUGGUGUCGCAAGUGUUGGCAGAGGCCACUGAGCUUGUGAAUGCACCUGCUGCUGUGGACAACAGCAUGCAAGAGGUGGCUGCAGGGCUGGUGUCGCAAGUGUUGGCAGAGGCCACUGAGCUUGUGGCAGUAUUUAAUGCCACCCUUCCAGUGGACCAUCUAUUUGGGGAGGCUUCCUCGAAGAUGGUAAAUACCAGUCUGACUGAGAGUGUGCAAGCUCUCAAGGACGUUAACCUUAGAGAGGAGCGCUGCGAUGGUGACAACAGGGACAGCGCCCUCCCCUGUGUUCCAGCUGAAAAAGCUGCACAGGCUGAGAUUAGAUCAUCCCAAGAGGACCCUGCCACCAUUACACCGGCUGCAAAGCCGGAGGACCGGCUGGUUCAGAAUCCCUCGGCUGAGGGGGUGGUGAGUAUUGCUCCAAAGGGGUUUCCUCAGGUAAGUAGUGACAUUGAUGCCCAUCUGGACAGGUGGGGACAUCAGCCACUGUUUGAGUCAUCCAAAGCCCUGGAUGGGGAACGGGAUGCGUCUCUGCACGGCAGUGAGGAUGAGCGGCUGCUCACCUCCGCCAUGCUUGGCACGGGUUUGCCCGUCAUGAAUGCUAAGCUUGCUGAGGCUAUCUCGCUGCACAGGAGUGAUAGUGGUCACUCGUUCAGCAUGGAGGGACAGCAUCGCGACAGUGGCCUUCAUCUCAAAUCUGUUCCCACUGAUGCUUCUGCGAGAGGCUCUGCUGCAGCCUCUACCGCCCGAGACAUGGUGUUUGGCCCGAGCGCCAAGUCUAAGAGUGUACCCCUUCCAAAGUUGCUCGCUGAACUUGCGGCACUUCAGAGGGUUGUUGUGAGCUCAAAUAGUUCCGCUCACAGAGGGCUGGCUGGGAAUCUCCAGGAUGAGAGACCUGGAAGUGCUGGCAGGUGGAGCCCGGUGUCAGAUGGGAGUGAGGCCUGGCUUACUUGUGACGAAGACCUCUACUACAGCGAGGACGAGAUUGAGGAGGAGCUGGCGAGGCAAAGUCCCAUGGAGAUGCCUGUUCCGGAACAGGACCGAUGCAGCUUUGGGCCGCCCGUUGCCAUUUUAACUCACUGCGAGAAGGAAUGGAAAGGGCAGACCACCGAAAGCACGGUCACUAGAAAAGGCUAUGCUGAGCUCUCCCGGGACUUUGGAUUCUUCCGCCGGGGAAGGGAAGACAACUACUGUGCCCUGCGAGCCUCCCUGUACCAGACGCUGGUGAGCUCUGCCCAGCUUCCCGACUGGCUGCAGCGGGAGAGUUUCUUAUUGAUCCCUGAAAAGCUUCAGUCUCGCUACGGUCUGAUUGAAGGCUGGUCGUUUCCCGACGUGUGCAAGCAGACGAGCGGGAUCAAAGACGACGUGGAUCUUUUGAAACACCACCUGAGCCUUCUCCAGAAAUGGUGGCGUGCCGCAGCAGCCUCUCCUGGGCUCGAGGGACGCAGACGUUUGUGCGAUCAGCUCUUCCAGGGCGGAGAGGACGAGUUUGGUGUCAUGGAGGCGCUGAAGCUCCUGAUGCUAACCUGCGCCGUGGAAUUGCACGACAUCAUGCAGAGGGGCAGAGACGUGCCAAUCUUCUGCUGGCUGCUGUUCUCCCGCUACACCUCCUCGUGCCCGCGCACGUUCCUGGCAAACCACCUGAGCCGGGUUGGCUUCAGUGGAGGCAUGGGGCAGGUGGAGAUGUGUCUCCUGGGUUACACACUGCACCACACCAUCAAGGUGUACCGCCUCUACAUGGCCAACAUGAAGGACUUCAUUGUCACUCAUUACCCGGACAAUCACAUUCGGGACUGGCCCUCUGUCUGCCUGGUAACCGAGGAUGGCCGCCAUUAUGACGUGGCUGUUGGCGACCCCGUCUGUCUUCGGGAGGACUUUUCUGGUGGACCUCACUGAUUGGCCAACCAGCAAUUUUGUUGCAGUUUGAUUGUUGACCCAAGUGACCAAGGUCCAAUCAUGGCCAAUUCAGGAUUCACUAUUUUACACCACCCAUGUUAAUUCGGCACAUAAUUAAAAUACAUUUUCUCAGCAUCA